UAGGUGCGGGUAAUUCUCAGUUUCAGUUUCAAAUGGGCUGUAUAUAGAAAUAUAUAAACACUAACUAAAGGCACCCUUUUAGGGCAAAUCUACACCAUUCUGGAUCGAUUUAGUUAACAGGUGGCAUCAUGCCUCUGCCCAAGUCCUCCAGCAUAGGAGCCAAGGCGACAGAGGUGUACACUGAAAUAUGGAGUGUUAUCUUACAACAAAUAUGGAAUAUGUCACCGACUCGUGAAGAUGACCUCUGUGACCUCUCUCGACUGCUACCGUACCUUCGACAGUUACUGACGUGUUGUGCGUGUGCUGGUCUCCUGGAAGAUGCUAUGAUAUCGUUGCCCUGUGGACAUUGUUACUGUUGCCAGUGUCAGUUCAAAGAUCCCCUACUCAAGAUUCAGUGUCGUCAGUGUAGGGACAGAAAUGGACUGGUUGUUGAGGCUCAGCUACGAAUCGUGGUGGAGUGCUACAAACACAUGUGCUACGUAUUAGUUGAAAAAGUCAAUAGUGAUCCAAUGCUCCUCAAGAACUUGAGUGCCCAAGAACAAAAUGGGGAAGAGGAUAUCGAAAAAACUUCUUCAGUCGAUGAAGAUGUUGAGAAUCUAAGCAAUGAUAAAUCGAUCAAAAACAGCAUACAAAAAAGUCCAUUACAGAAUGCAAAUGACAAUCCGAUUGUUGAGAUUCUGCGUGAGAUUCAUGAAGGUGUUAAAGUGUCUCGCUCGGUCCUCGUGAUCAAACCCCCUCAGAAAUACCUCACUCCAAGGGUAGCCACUCCCAAGAAGGAUCAACAGACGUCUUUAGCAUCUUCUAGUGUUUUAAAACCGAAAUUUGCUCUUGAUCUAAGUUCUGAACUUUCCUCUCAAGAGACAAAUACUCCAACAUAUAGGAAAAAACGUGCCCCACGCAAACCCACUUUGAUUUCACACCGGAUCAGCAGUCUCCGAGGAAAAAGAAAGCGAAGAAACGUACUAGGAACAAGAUCCCUUCAGUCUACGCCAUCCGGAGAAACACUUCCCAAAAGACGACGAACUAUCCAGCGACUCUCUGACAUUAAGAGAAUUGGAGAAGAUGAAGAAGUGGACAUUUUGAGUCUGUCAGAUACUAAACCUCAAGGUAAUGAACUAGACAUUCUACGAUCCAAGUUGGCUCUUGAUUCAUUUGACCAAGACUUCUUCAGUGUGUCCUUUUCCUGUCUUGAUGACAAUUUCCUUCAAUCAUCACCGGAUGGUGUUAGUUUGAAGCAGAGCUGUGAACAAGAUGUGUUUCAUUACAGUAUUGACUAUGAUCCAGACCUUCUCAGUUUUAAGCAGAGCAAAGACGGAAGUCGAGAAAGACUAUGGAGUCCCAUGUGUCCGAGAAUAAAGGCAAGACGCAGUAUGGCCAUAAUCAACAAAACUAUCACUCAGGAAGUCAUGGUGGCUCUUGGCGAGAUCAAGUCAAAAUCCAAGGAGAUGAAGGCAAAAUCCAAGACAAAAUCGAAAGACAUCAAGACUAAGUCCAAGGACAUCAAGACUAAGUCCAAAGAGAUCAAGAUCGUGAAACCCAAAAAACCAGAAGCAAAACCUUCAGUACCAUUCACUCCUCCACCUCCUCCCACCCCCACAGCCAUCUACGAGCCUCCCCUACCAGAUGACCUCUCUGGAUUAGUACUCGAGAAGCUGGAGGGUGAAGACCCUUUGCCAUACAUUGAUAGACUCUUGUUCCGGCCACCGCCGAUGUACCAUCCCCCUCCCCACUUUCAUCCUCUACCGCCACCACCCCACUUUGGGCCUGGUGGGUCCCCUAUGUUUGGUCCUAUGCCGCAUCCAGGCCCACGAUAUCCCCUCAUGAUGCCAACAGUGUCUCCCCUCAAGCCACCUCACUUUCCCUCAAUCCCCAAGACUCCCACCAAGAGUCCAUCGACUCCCCGCAAGAGACGAACACCUGGCUACUCGGAGGAAGGCUGGAGGUGCAGAUGUGGAACCAACAAUGUGAUGUUUCCUGAAAAAGUAUGUGCCAAAGGAAAAUGUCCGUGUUUCUCUAAAGGAAUCCCUUGCAAGAAUUGUCUCUGCAAACAUUGUCACAAUCCCAAUAACAAGUGAUUCUCAGGUUGUUUUUUAAUUAUAAAGUGUGUAUUUAUUUUGUAGAUUUUUUGAUCCAAUCAUCAAAUUCUUGUAUCUGAACUAUA